UGCCCUGACAAAGGGCUUGUUCUGUGAAGCCCAUCUAGUCUCCUUUGUCCCGCUGCUGGCUUCCACCCCCGAAUCGCAAAUACUCUCCAGCUGGGAAUCAGACCAGGGCAAAGAUGAAGAACCCAGAAGCCCAACAGGAUGUUUCCCUCUCCCAGGGAAUCCGCAUGAUGUUUUACGUGAUGAAGCCCAAUGAAACGACAUUCCAAACCCCAGAAGAGGUGCCUGAUUAUGUAAAACAGGCAACUCCAUUUUUCAUUUCCUUGAUGCUGCUUGAACUAGCUGUCAGCUGGAUUCGAAAAGGGAAGCCCCCAGGUCGUUUGGAUGAUGCAUUGACAUCGAUAUCAGCUGGUGUUGUGUCGCGGCUUCCAAGUUUGUUUUUCAGGAGCAUUGAACUGACCAGUUACAUUUAUAUCUGGGAGAACUACAGACUCUUCAGUUUGCCUUGGGAUUCUCCCUGGACUUGGUACUUAACCUUCUUAGGAGUUGACUUUGGCUACUAUUGGUUCCAUCGCAUGGCCCAUGAGGUUAAUAUUAUGUGGGCUGCACACCAAACACACCACAGUUCUGAAGACUAUAACUUAUCCACAGCACUGAGACAAUCUGUCUUCCAAAUAUAUACUUCCUGGAUAUUCUACUCUCCCUUGGCCCUCGUCAUCCCACCUUCAGUAUAUGCUGUUCAUCUUCAGUUCAAUCUUCUCUAUCAAUUUUGGAUCCACACAGAGGUCAUUGAUAACCUUGGUCCCUUGGAACUGAUUCUUAACACUCCUAGCCAUCAUAGGGUUCAUCAUGGCAGAAACCGUUACUGCAUAGACAAAAAGUAUGCUGGCACACUUAUUAUAUGGGAUAGAAUUUUUGGGACAUUUGAGGCCGAGAAUAAAAAAGUUGUGUACGGGCUGACACAUCCCAUUAAUACAUUUGACCCACUCAAGGUGCAGUUUCACCAUUUAGUUUACAUGUGGACUACAUUCUGGGCCACACCUGGAUUCUUCAAUAAGUUUUCUGUCGUAUUUAAAGGACCAGGAUGGGGUCCAGGUAAACCAAGACUUGGCCUGAGUGAAGACAUCCCAGAGGUUACGGGGAAAGAAGUUCCCUUCUCGUCGUUGGCGUCUUACCUGUUAAAGAUAUAUGCUGUUGUACACUUCGCUGUGAUGCUAACAUUUUAUGAAGAGACCUUUGCAGAAAAAGCUACACUAACACAGGUCGCUCUUCUCCUGAGAGUUUGCUUCAUUAUCCUGACCUUGACCUCCAUUGGAUUUAUUCUGGAUCAAAGAUAUAAAUCAUGUCUGGUCGACUUAUCUCUAAUUUUUCUGUUAGUUUGCAAGGAGGGCUUGACACCGAGAGUGCACUUCCUCUGUUUCAUAUUUUGGAUUUUUUUUUCCAUCUGCAUUGCUUUCUGGGGAGUAAGAAGCAUGAAACAACUUGCCUCUGGCCUUUGGAAAUAA